AUGCUGCUGGAUGGCCCGUUUCGCGACUCGCACGACUGCGUUCUUGAUGUUUCUGAGCUACUACAGACGAACCAGCGGUUCAGUGCCGGAGGAACUAUCGAGGAGUGGGCCCAAGGUGUCAAGGAGUUCCUGGCCGUGGCAGAAGCUUGUGAUGCUGUAGCGGCACAGGCUCUUGUGCGACAACAAGGGGAUAUGUGCGCAUGCUUGCGUCUCCUGUUGCUCGCCGAUUGCCUCACGGCCCCGUCAAUUGAGCAGAUCUGCGCUGACGAGGCUUGUCAGCGCAUGCAGCACGAGGUGUUGCAUGACCCCAAGCCCGACCGCGAUGCGUUGAUUUGUGCGUUGCCCUGGGAGCUUAUGCAGCGCCUAUUGAAUUGGCUGGCAUUCAAAGCAUGA